AUGGGGACCGGAAACUAUUCCAUUGUGACAGAGUUCAUUAUUUUGGGGUUAACAGAGGAUACUACACUUAGUGCCAUUUUAUUUGUUGUGUUUCUAGGAAUCUAUGUUGUCACUUUACUGGGCAAUGUCAGCAUAAUCAUCUUGAUCAGAAGCAGCCCGCAGCUUCAUACCCCGAUGUACCUUUUCCUCUGCCAUUUGGCCUUUGUGGACAUUUGCUACUCCUCAUCUGUCACACCCGUCAUGCUCAUGGGCUUCCUCAGGGAAGAAACCUCUAUCCUUGUUGCUGGUUGUAUAGCCCAAUUCUGUUCUGUGGCCACAUUUGGAACAACCGAGUGCUUCCUGCUGGCCACCAUGGCCUAUGACCGCUAUGUGGCCAUCUGCUCGCCCCUGCUCUACUGCAGCCACAUGUCCCCCAGAAUCUGCAUUCUCUUAGUGGGGAUGUGCUACCUGGGUGGAUGUGUGAAUGGCUGGACAUUCACUGGCUGUUUAUUAAGUCUGUCCUUCUGUGGACCAAAUAAAGUCAAUCACUUUUUCUGUGACUAUUCCCCACUUUUGAAGCUUUCCUGUUCCCACGAUUUGACUUCUGAAAUAAUCCCAGCCAUCUCCUCUGGCUCCAUCAUCGUGGUCACUGUGUUUAUCAUUGUUCUGUCUUAUGUCCUCAUCCUUGUCACCAUCCUGAAGAUGCGUUCUGCUGAAGGGCGACACAAGGCCUUCUCCACCUGCACCUCCCACCUCACUGCAGUUACUCUCUACUUUGGAACAAUUACCUUCAUUUAUGUCAUGCCCAAGUCCAGCUACUCAACCGAACAGAACAAAGUGGCGUCUGUGUUCUACACGGUGGUGAUCUCCAUGCUGAACCCCCUUAUCUACAGCUGCAGGAACAAGGAGGUGAAAGAGGCUUUAAUCAAGGAGAUCCAGGUUAUU